AUGACUUCCUUGCCCUAUACGUGCAACACCUGUCUGGUGGCCUUCCGCGGCAGCGAUGCGCAGCGGGACCACAUGCGCAAGGAUUGGCAUCUGUAUAACAUGAAACGCCGCAUCGCGAGCCUCCCCCCCGUGUCCCAGGAUACCUUCAACGAAAAAGUCCUCGCCGCCAAGGCCAGCACGACGGCAGCGGCCGCGCGGGCCUCGUUCGAAAAGUCCUGCGCCGCCUGCCAGAAGACCUUCUACAGCGAGAACUCCUACCAGAACCACAUCAAGAGCUCGAAGCACCGUGCGCGGGAGGCCCGCCUGGACCGCGACGACGCCGACGACCGCUCGUCGGUGAUGAGCUCGACGUUCUCGCUGGGCGAGCCGAUCAACAAGCCGCAGACGGAGGUGUCGAAGCUCACCAACGGGCUGCAGCAGACGACGCUGCAGGAAGAGGACAACGAGGACGCCGAGGGCGACGCGGAGAUGGAAGACCUGGGCGUGUUCUCGCCCGCGCGCUGCCUCUUCUGCAACGUCAAGAGCGCCUCCGUCCAGGACAACACGACCCACAUGCUCAAGAGCCACGGCAUGUUCAUCCCCGAGCGCGACUACCUCGUUGACCUCGAGGGUCUCCUGAACUACCUCUACCGCAAGAUCAGCGAAAACUCCGAGUGUAUCUACUGCCACAGCGUGCGGAACAACGCCGAGGGCGCCCGCACGCACAUGCGCGACAAGGGCCACUGCAUGAUCGCGUUCGAGACCGGGGCCGAGCAGGUCGAGAUCGGCCAGUACUACGACUUCCGCAGCACGUACUCGGACGGCGAGGACGACGACGACGACGAAGACGAAGCGCUGGAAGACGGCGGCGUCAAGGUCCACAGCGAAGGCGACGAGGCCGACGAAGGCUGGGAGACCGAGACGGAAGCCUCCUCCAUGGACGAAGACGAAGACGACGACGCAGACCUCCCAUCCAGCAAGAACCCGGUCUACGCCACCGAGUACGAGCUGCACCUACCGUCCGGCAAGAGCGUCGGCCACCGCUCGCUGCAGCGCUACUACCGCCAGAACCUGCGCAACUACCCGACGGCCGAGGAGCGCGCCGAGCGCCAGCUGAUGAUCGAGAACGGCGAGCUCGUCGAGGACGAGAAGCCGUCUAUGGCGCGCAACCAGAACCGCGCCGUCGCCAGCCGCGGCAACGGCGGCACGGGCAUGAUCGGCGUGACGGACUCCCAGCGUCGUCUGGCGACCGAGUCGGAGAAGAAGGAGCGCACGCGUGCUCUUCGCCAGGAACAGAGGAUCACGGCGCGGGUGCAGCGUGCUGCCAACAACCAGAAGCAUUACCGGGACCCCCUCCUGCAAUGA